CGAAGCAGUUGGAGCAACUGUUCAAAUUGAUCAUUUUCGUUUAAAAUUGUUGCGGUUUGUGGCUUGUGGGUUAGUUUUGCUAUGACUGAUUUUUUCAAGUUUUUAUUUGUUGCUUUAAAUGUGAUAUAAAAUGUCAACUCCCGUAGAGAAUUUGAAAAAUUUUACUGGAAUGGUAGCUGAAGUGGAGAUGCACAAAGCAAUUAUAGUUUUUGGUCAUGAAGGAGAUCAAGAACAUGCAUUGUUAAAGAAGGAGAAGUUAACGAUUAGAGGGCAACAUGUGCGUGCGGAAUCUCUGCCAGAAGUUUUGCCUGUUGGCUCCAUUAUUAAGUUUUGGUGCUACAAAAUACCUGAAAUAAAGUCUGUAGAAUGCGCGUGGUUUGUAACUCAUGCUAUCAAGCAAGAUUCUUGUCAGUUUGGGGUUAGUUUGGAUUCUAAUUCUAAAAACUCUCCAGGUUGUGUGAACCAGACUGCUGAUUUUUUGCCAGGCCUUCAUCAGUUGCAUGGAACUAUUUUUGAAAUGUCUGAGAGGCACGGUGUCAUAGCAUAUGAUACUGCAGGAGAAAAUCGUGUUUAUUUCACAGCACACAAGUUGGUUUUGUUUGGCAAGACAGUGGAUCAGAACCAAAAACUUCCGGAGGUGAUACAGGUGGGCGACCUUGUGUAUUUUGAUGCCAUGCCGAUGCACUCGCAAGGCAACGUCAAGUCGUGUAGCUGGUUUGCGACUCUUGUCUGGAAGGGGCGACGACCAAACAUAUGCAAGUCUGAGGUGUCCACAGACAUCGGACUGAAGCACCUGUUGACAGAUGGAAGCAAUUUACAGCAGAUGUUGUAUCAGUUUGCAUCUGAUCCCAAUGCGAUGUUCGUAAAGACUGAAGCCAGAGUAAUGUUCCUCAUCAACAAUGAGUUCGGAGUAGCCAUGCUUUUGAUGAAGCAUAACAUAUCGAUGAGUGCACUGUUCCACAGAAGUGUGUGUUAUUUGUUGGGACAUAGCCUUAAGCAUUGUAAUCUCCAGAAAUUCCUGAAAGAAGGAGAUCACAUCAAGUUUGUUGGCGUUGAAGCACCUCCAGGCCUAAUAUCAAAGUUCGUUGCCACUCACAUUGUCAUUGGCAAAGCUCAGUAAUUGCACUGUGCAGCACUCACAUUUUGUCUUUCAAGAAAAGUGUCUGAACAAGAAGUUCCAAAACACUAUUCAGAAGUAAAAUAAGACUGAAGUAUAUUUUAUGCAAAAGACUGAAUUUUCAUGGAACUGUGUGUACACUUUUAUGUUGUUUGCAUGUGCACUUUUUAUUGCUAUCUGUAAAUAUUGACAUUGUCGAGCAUAAUUUUAUUGCACUUCAAAGAAAGCAUAACUGGUCUGUGUCCCUGAUGUUAAUAGUAUGUGAUGCUAAAACCAUGUCUCCUGUUCUGCUCAUGAACUGUAUGGGUGUAUUUUCAGUGCCUUGUGUUCCCUAGGAAGGAAGAUGAAAAUGCCUUUGCGUUGCUCAAGGUGGUUUUCACUUAUGGACCCAGUCACACCCUUCCAGUAUUUUACAAUUGCCAUCGAACAGUGUUUAUAAUCCUGGAAAGGGGAUGGGGGUUGUGCUGGAAUGUGGAAGAGUUGUUCAUUUCUUAUUUAAUUUUAUGUAUAAAAUAAUUUAUGAACACCGCUUUGUAGGACAUGUUAUCUCACCAAGGUAAUCUUGAUGAUAACACAGAAAUGCAAGUUAUGUAUACCAUUUAGCACCAAAAUGUAACUAAAAACAUGAUACCAAUGAGAAAUUUGACAAAACUUACUCAUAUAGCAAAAUUUUUCUUUUAUCAUUUUGCAUGAAUUUUGUAUCAAAUGUUAAAACUAAAUGGAAUAGAAAAAAUUGAUAUUACAUUGUUUAUAAUUGUAUCUCUUAUUAAUAACAUGUUCUUACAUUAAUAACGUUGGCACUUUUCAAACAUUAAAAAUUUAUAGUUUUUUUUUUUGUUCUAGACAUUUUAUAGAUUUUAUUGUUUAAAUGCAUAAUGUGUCAGUCAAAAUGGGACUAUUUUAGUUUAAUAAAUAUUGUAGUAACAUAUUUAUUGAAAAUAAACUUAUUUUAUAAAUAAA